AUGGACCAAGGAGAUUCCCGAAUGCAUGAGCUUGAGGAAGUACCAACCCCUUCAGUCCUGGAUAUGCAUUUAUGGUAUCACUCCAACAUCAUGACCAUCUUCGGCUUCAUGCAAAACCCCUUGACAUUCGGCAAAUCCUCCCCCGCCCACGAACUUCACAAACUCAUCGACAUCCGACGCACAAGAUGGCCCAUGGAAUACAUACCCUUACCCAGCUCACAAUUCUCCAUCGUCGCCCUCUUCACCCUUCUCGAAGACCUCAACAACCCAUCCUCUGCCUCCACCUUCGCAGACACCGCCAUCUCCCUCUUCUCCAUAGCCAAGCGGUUGCAGUUAGCCAAGAGCAUGUUCAGACUCGUACAAGGCACCGGACUCCAAAAGGAAUUGGGACUCGCGCCGGAGAUUCACUCCAUAUUUAGAGACUUCAACGAGGUCCUCUGGGCGAAGGAAGACAAGGAGAAGUUUAGCAGUUUGUACUCGAACUUUGCGAUCACGGUGAACAAGGAGACUGUGGGAGAGGUAGACCUGGAUGACUUCUUGGAGCAGUGGGAUUCAUUGGCUUUGGAGAGGGUGAUACUCCUGAUUGGGAAUGACUGUAUGGGAAGCAUGUUUGGGACUUGA